AUGUGGUGGUUACUCAGUUUCCAACUUUCUGACUGUGCAGUAUUAGACCCAGCAUUAUAUCUCUCACCAAGCCCUCCACUGAUCUCUAUUAGUGAAAGUAGCCCGGAAAUUAUAUGGACACAACCCAGGAAUGCACCAUUAAACACCAAAUCUAUUGUCGAUAAAGAGCCAGCGAAUGACCAGGAUGCGAUGGUGGAAGCUGAAACAUUUUGGCCGCAUAUUCGUUCAAUUCAUUUUCCGAUACAAUUUCAUGUGACUGGAACUUAUGGAGGUUUUAGAGCAGGUACAGGAGUAGUCCCCAGCAGUUAUACGAAUUUAUCUGGCACCAGAGUGUACGGAAGACCUCUUAAUCUAAGUGGAUUUGGAACAGGGUUAAAGUUAUUCGGAAGCCAAGAAGCGUCGUGGUCUGGCUGGGGUAAUGGGAAAUGGGGACACUACGGAAAAGGGAAAUAA